AUGAAAUCUCAGAAACGAACACUUGAAUACCUCAGAGAAGAUGUGAAACCAUUCCUGGAUAAAUUAGUAGUAGAUGUGUGCAUGCAAAAGCCAGAUGACCCAGUGAUCGGACUAGUCCAAAUCUUGCUUGAGAAGCCUCACUCUGAAACAAAGCCUCUUACUACUGAAGAGAUUGAAGAGCUAGAAACCUUACGUGAAGAAUAUUCAAAACUAAGAAACCAAUCUGAGGAAGCAGAAUCAUCUGAACUAGCCCUCUCCAGACCUUCCCCUGCCUAACUCCCUCUCACCAGCCCUCCCUCAAGCAUCCCCAUCACAGUUCCU